UCUGGAAUAGACUUGGUGGCUCAUACUACACUAACAUUCAUAAAUCAGUCACCCAGCGACACGAUGACUCCCAAGGUCCCAAUGGUAUAAAGCACGAGCACCCAGCAUUCCCAGCGUCCUCCUACCUACUCCUCGUUUGCAUUUCUGUCUAAAGUUACAAUGUCCUUCCUACGGCACCCUUUUCCUACCUGCUGCGCGGCAAUCACAUCGAGACUUCGCUGCUCCGCAAGCACGAUGGCCGACGAGCCGGAGCCGGAGCCGGAGCCAGAAACUCUCGCUUCUAUAAGACAGCGCAUGCAGACGAUAGGAACUGGAUUGUCACCAGAGAUCUUGAAGGACGCAAUAGAGCAGGUCAACAGUAUAAAUGAAAAAGGAGGUACCUUCACUUCAAGGGACAUUCUUCGGCAAAGUGGUGGAGAGUGGGCCGAUCCGGCCCAGAGAAUGGCGCGACCCGACUCCAUACGCGUAAUCUCGGUAUACAACUACAGUGCUUCAGCUCCAAUCUAGUAAAGAGCUAGCUAGCCUGAAAGGGCCCAGAUACACUAGCAUUCGCGGCGGACGUCAUUGUGCCCUCUGGGUGAACCGUAUCUUGGAGGAGGAUGACGUGGACUCCCCG